AUGAGGGACAACGAGAGCCCGACCGUUAGCGCUGCAGAUGAUGAUGAAGAAGAGGAUUAUGAGGAGCCUGGUGGCGGGAAUGGCUUCCUGGGGUUUAUGUUUGGCAAUGUAGAUGAUUCUGGUGACUUAGAUGCUGACUAUCUUGAUGAGGAUGUGAAGGAACACCUUUUUGCAUUAACAGAUGACCUGGGUCAAUCCCUCGAAGACAUUGAUUUAAUCAGAUCUUCUCCAGCACCGACUGAUCCUUCUGAGCAAGACUAUGAUGAUAAGGCAGAAGAUGCUGUUGACUUUGAAGAUAUUGAUGAAGAAUACAAUGGACCUGAAGUUGAAGCAACUACAGAGGAAGAAAAUGUGCUCUCCAGAAAAGAUUACUUCUCAUCAAAUGCAGUUUAUGCUUUGGUCAAUAGUACAGUAUCAGUGUUUGAUGAAGAGAAUUAUGACGAGGAUGAUGAAACGACCAAUGAUAUUGAGAUCCAUGUUAAUAGUGUUGCGCAAAAUUGCUCUUCAGAUGUUUUAACUGAGCAGCCAGUUAUGGAACCUUCAAACAUUAUGAAUUUUGAAUAUGAAGUUUUGCAGAAAGAAAUGGGCACUGAAGAAGGUCAUCUCGGGUCUGAAACUGCAGUUUCCCUCCCUGUUUUGUGCAUAGAGGAUGGGAGUGUGAUCCUGAGGUUUUGUGAAAUUUUUGAUAUCCAGGAGCCUGCAAGGAAACGGAAGGCAGAUCACCAUACACAUCCAAUAAAUAAAGAGCUCCGAAUCGCUAAAUAUGCUGACAUCAUUGAAGAAGAUGAGGAAGUAUUUUUUCGAAGCAGUAUCCAUAAUUCCUCAAAUUUGAAGCAUAUCAAAAUGGAUGAAGAUUUUGGUGAGAGCGACAGUGAUGAAUCAGUUCCUGAUGUCACUUUAUGUUUAAAUGACUCAUGUCGUUCUGAACAACCAAUGAAAGAUUCGCAUCAAGAUAUUCCUACUGCUAAGCAGUCCCCUGUUUGUCCUGAUUUUUAUGCACUUGAGCAUGAUGAUUGGGAAAACUAUAUCAUUUGGGAUGAUUCACCACCAGCAACUGAAAGUCAGCCUUUCUUAAAAAGUUGUGUAAUAUAUGAAGAGAGCAUGGACACUCACUGUGAAGACCGUGCUAAGGAUUUUGGUCAUCCCACUGGGUGCUGUGAUGUAAAGAGCAAAAUCCAUGUUUCCCCAGUAAUAAUACAGCCUUUUGGUUUUACUAAAAUGCCUGCUGCUUCUAAUUACCAUGCCCCUGAGAACAGCUACCGUGCAUUGACAAAGGAGACAGCCCAGGACAAGAAUAACCACACAGAACCAAAUAGGAUUGCUGGGACACUCAAAACUAAGACCAUGCAGUGUUUAGACAACCUUUAUUCACUGAACAGGGAGUUAUUAGAGGGAUCAUGGUGGGACAACAUUAUAUGGGAUCCUUGUGAGGAUACUCUGAAGCCUAGACUUAUAUUCGAUCUUAAGGAUGAUCGGAUGCUAUUUGAGAUUCUGGAUGAAAAGAAAGUGGAUCUGAUCCACUCUCAUGCUCCUGCCAUGAGCGUUGGUAGUCAAUCAGGGCAGAGUUCAACAUCGUCGGUGGAGAAAUUUGACAAUCAAUCGAUUUCAUGGAGUGACCACUUCAACAUCUCAAAUGACGAGUUUUAUUCUAACUGGAAAUGGUCGCAGCAAGCUAAGUCGUCUUCUAAAAAAGGUGCUUCAAUACACAUAAAGGUUGUGCAUUCUGCUCCAGCCCAGAAGCUGCAAACCAUGAAACUAAAACUGAGCAAUAAGGAGAUUGUAAACUUUCACAGACCAAAAGCUAAGUGGUACCCACAUGAAAAUAAACUUGCUGCUCAACUGCAAGGAGUUGCAUCUAGCCACGGGCGAAUGACUGCUAUACUGAUGACUCUGGGACGAAAAGGAUUCAAGCUUGUGUUCAACGCGGACGAAACUCCGGUCUCUGUCAAAUUAAAAGUUUCAAAGAAGUUAGAAUUUAAACCUUCUGAGAGAAUAAAGUUGUUCUGUUCUGGAAAAGAGCUUCAGGAUGAUAUCUCGUUGGCUAUGCAAAAUGUGUAUCCUAACUCGAUUCUGCAUGUUGUUCGCUCUGAAGUAAAUCUAUGGCCAAAAGCACAAAAGUUACCUGGUGAGGGCAAGCCUCUACAUCCUCCCAGGGCAUUUAGGAAAAAAGCUGACUUGUCCGUUAAGGAUGGACAUGUAUUUUUAAUGGAAUACUGUGAGGAGAGACCUUUACUACUUUCAAAUGCUGGAAUGGGAGCCCGGCUAUGUACAUAUUACCAAAAAACUUCACCUGCUGAUGAGACAGCUACAUCACUUCAAAAGAACAGUAAUGGACUGGGUACUGUGCUUGCGAUUGAUCCGGCUGACAUACCUCCUUUUCUGGGAGACAUACAUUCUGGGUCUCAUCAGUCUUGUCUUGAAACAAACAUGUACAGGUCACCUAUAUUUCCUCACCAGGUUUCAUCAACUGAUUAUCUUUUAGUUCGUUCAACCAAAGGGGUGCUUUCCCUUCGACGUAUUGAUAAGCUUUAUGCUGUUGGCCAACAAGAACCUCAUAUGGAAGUAUUGUCACCAGGGACAAAAACUGUGCAGAAUUAUCUUCUGGAUAGAAUGCUUGUAUAUGUUUAUCGUGAGUUCCGUGCUAGGGAGAGGCCUGGUGUUAUUUCUCAGAUCCGUGCUGAUGAAUUACCUAUUCAAAGUCCUUUGACAGAUGCUAUGGUGAGAAAACGAUUGAAGCAUUGUGCAGAGUUGAAGAAAGGACCGUAUGGACAUUCAUUCUGGACACAGAGACCUGAUUUCCAGGUUCCAUCUGAGGAAGAACUGAGAAGAUUAUUAGCACCAGAAAGUGUAUGCUGUUAUGACAGUAUGCAAGCUGGUCUGUAUCGUCUCAAGAAAUUAGGAAUUGUAAAUCUUACUCAUCCUGUUGGACUGGCUUCCGCCAUGAAUCAACUUCCUGAUGAAGUUAUGGAGCUUUCUGCUGCAGCAAAUAUUGAGAGGGAGUUACAAAUUACUAGCUGGAAUCUUACCAGCAAUUUUGUUGCUUGUACUAAUGAGGACAGAAAAAAUAUAGAAAGAUUAGAAAUUACUGGUUUCGGUGAUCCAUCUGGCUGUGGUCUUGGAUUCAGCUAUGUCAAGAAAAAGUCAGCUCCAGCAAAAGGUACCCUUGUAACUGGAACUGAUGCUGAUCUCCGCAGGUUGAGCAAUGAUGCAGCCCGAGAGCUGCUUCUAAAAUUCGGCCUUCCAGAAGAGCAAAUUGACAAAUUAACAAGGUGGGAUCGCAUUACUAUGGUGAGGAAGCUGUCAAGUGAGAAAGCUAUUUCGGGAAUUACUAUUAAUGAAAUUCCAGUUAGUAAGUUCGCGCGUAGAAACGGGAUGUCUUUUAUGCAGCUUCAGCAGCAAACUAGAGAGAAAUGUCAGGAAAUUUGGGACAGACAAGUUGAGUCACUUUCAGCUGUCGAUCAUGUUGAGAAUGGCAGUGACACGGAAGCCAACAGUGAUCUCGACUCAUUUGCCGGGGAUCUUGAGAACUUGCUAGAUGCCGAAGAAUUUGAUGAUGAAGAUACUGGUAAAGCUGGGCUGAGGAAUGAUAAAGCAGAAGGAAUGAGAGGACUUAUAAUGAGAAGGUGCCCAACUCGAACUCAAAUUAAUGGUGAAAUUGAAGACGAUGUAGAAGAAGUCUCUCUGGCAAAAAAACUUCUUGAAGAUGAUGGUAAUGAUACGAAGGGGAAAAAGCAGCCUGUGGAUAUGACAAAUUAUGGCACAUCUAUAUAUGGUCGAGGUGCCAUUAAAUCCAAGCAGAGUGAGACUGGGCAAAUGAUUAAAUCAUAUGCUCAUUCUGCUGCAUUGACCCCAAAGGGUAGUACUGCAACAGAAGUGCAAGAGGCCAGGAAUUCUUUUGCUGAAGGUAGGUUGCCCUUAAAACUGAAGGCUGCGAUGACAUUCGAUGGAAAUGACAUCCUCUUAGUUAAAAGGAGUGCUCUAGGAAUGGAUGCGCUUGAGGAAAAGAGACAAUGCGGAAAGUAUGGUACUCUUAUCUGUGGAGCCUGUGGUCAGCUUGGGCAUAUUCGGACCAACAAACUGUGCCCUAAGUAUGGGGAGGACCAAGAAAACUCUGGAAUGGAUACAAAUUCAACCAAGUCUAAUCCUCUAGAUGAAGUUAGCCAGAUGCGAAUAAAGACGCCAAGUAAGAAGUUGACAACUAUGGUCUCGUCUGAAGUUCCUGAAACCAGAGGGCCAGAAUGUAUUGAAAAGAAAAAAUCUGUCCAAGUAAAGUUCAAAUGUGGGGAUGAUUAUCCUCCUGACACUAUAAAGGCAUCUGUUGUAUUUCGGCCUCCUGCUGAAUUAGGGAAGGAUAUACCUUGCAAGAUGAUCACCAUCAAGCAACCUAAGGUUCUUGUAGACCAAGAAAGACAUGUUGAAUUUUUGGCUUCUGAGAACAAAAGCAGAGAAGACUGGUGUGAUAGAGAAUCAGGUCAGAUGAAUUCCUUGCAUGGAAGUAGGUCGAGCCUGGAGGAAAGAAGCAGCAGCAACCGCAUAAUAAUGGAAAAUGAUGGAUCCUUGAUAACUUUCAAAGGGAAAAGGGACAUACAGGAACAGAUGCCAAUUGAAACUAGGAUACAUGAAAAGAGAGAGAAAGGGCUCCGGAAGGCAAAGCAGAAGAUUAUGGAAAAGAGAAAACCUGAAUCUGGAGGUGAUGCCCUCCUUGAUCAUAGGCCAUACAUUAAUGAAAGAAGGGUACCUGAAAAACACCGAGCAUCUAAACGGCGCAGAGGAGGAGAGGUUGAGCUCUCCAACAUACUGGAAAAGGUAGUUGACCAGUUGCGGAGGAACACUGCUAUAUCAUACCUAUUUCUCAAACCGGUGAUGAAGAAAGAUGCCCCUGACUACUUUGACAUAGUCAAGCGCCCAAUGGACCUUGCUACCAUCAGGGACAAGGUGAGGAAGAUGGAGUACAGGAACAGGCAGUCGUUCAGGCUUGACGUGGCGCAGAUAGCAGUGAACGCGCACGCUUACAACGACAACCGCCAUCGCGGCAUCCCUCCCCUCGCUGACGAGCUCUUGAAGAUGUGCGAUCAGCUUCUCGAGGAGAGCGCGGAGCUGCUCGACGACGCGGAAGGCGCGAUCGAGGACUAGCGUGAUAACAACUAGGCGUCUAGGCGUAGCAUUUAGAUCUCACUUUAUCCUAACGUAGAUGCUGUACAUGCUGUUCUGUAGGAGAGGGUAGGAUGUGUACUCGUGUACAUUUUGGUCGCGGCGGUAACAAUGACGUUGCAGUUCCGUCUGGUUUGCCGUUGUGUUGGUAU